UAGAAUUAUAUUACAAUGGCGACAACUUUAGAAGACAAAUCAAUCUGGGAAGAUGGGGAAGAAGCUUUGAGUGAGGAAGUUCUCCGCAUGCCAACGGAUGAGAUUAUCAGCCGAACAAGACUCCUAGACAAUGAAAUAAAGAUCAUGAAGAGUGAAGUGAUGAGGAUUUCCCACGAACUGCAAGCACAGAAUGAGAAAAUCAGAGAGAACACUGAGAAAAUCAAAGUAAACAAAACCUUACCGUACUUGGUUUCCAACGUGAUAGAGCUCUUAGAUGUCGAUCCUCAAGAAGAGGAAGAAGACGGGGCUGUUGUGGACCUGGACUCACAGCGUAAAGGCAAGUGCGCCGUCAUCAAAACUUCCACCAGGCAGACAUAUUUCUUGCCAGUCAUUGGUUUGGUUGACGCUGAGAAAUUGAAGCCUGGAGACCUUGUGGGGGUGAACAAGGACUCUUAUCUGAUCCUGGAGACGCUGCCGGCGGAGUAUGACGCCAGGGUGAAGGCUAUGGAAGUGGAUGAGAGACCCACAGAGCAAUAUUCUGACAUUGGUGGACUGGACAAACAAAUUCAGGAACUCAUCGAAGCAGUAGUCCUGCCCAUGACACACAAGGAGAAGUUUGUAAACCUCGGCAUUCACCCACCCAAGGGCGUGUUGCUGUAUGGUCCUCCAGGAACAGGCAAGACCUUGCUAGCCAGGGCAUGUGCAGCACAAACCAAGUCCACCUUCUUAAAGCUUGCUGGACCUCAAUUAGUGCAGAUGUUUAUUGGUGAUGGCGCGAAGCUGGUUCGUGACGCCUUCGCCCUAGCUAAAGAGAAAGCACCUGCAAUAAUCUUCAUUGACGAGCUGGAUGCAAUUGGCACCAAACGAUUUGACUCUGAGAAGGCUGGAGAUCGAGAAGUGCAGAGAACUAUGUUGGAGUUACUCAAUCAACUGGAUGGAUUCACUUCUACUGCUGAUAUUAAGGUGAUCGCAGCCACGAACAGAGUCGACAUUCUGGACCCCGCGCUGCUUCGGUCAGGGCGUCUGGACAGAAAAAUCGAGUUUCCACAUCCCAAUGAGGAAGCGAGAGCUAGGAUCAUGCAGAUUCACUCACGUAAAAUGAACGUAAGCCCAGACGUAAACUUCGAAGAGCUCUCCCGUUCAACUGACGAUUUCAACGGGGCCCAGUGCAAGGCAGUGUGCGUGGAAGCCGGCAUGAUUGCCCUUCGACGCUCGGCCUCCGCCGUCACGCACGAAGACUUCAUGGAUGCUAUCCUUGAAGUACAGGCCAAGAAGAAGGCCAACCUCUCUUAUUAUGCCUAGUACAAUGUGCAAGUUAACUUUGUAUAUCUUAUUUUUAGAAGUGUACCAAUAAAACUCUAAUGA